AUGCUAGGGUUCGUCAAACGCCUUCUAGGAGGCGCCCGCAAUGACGUGUACGGGCUGGACCACCUGGUGCUCAACGUGCAGCUGCCACCACAGAGCAUGUGGAUGAAUAUGGGCUACUGGGAGUCAACAGUCGACUUCCCGCAGGCUUGCCAAGCCCUACUAGACCUGGUACUAACAGCGGGUCUGUUGACAGACAAGGGCCUGUCUAUCAGAGUACUGGACGUGGGAUGUGGAUGCGGUGAUCAGUCACUCCACUUAAUAGGUCUUCGGAAAGGUGUGUCCUUAGCAAGAUCCAAGUCCGAUCUUACUACCGCUCUCCAACAUCGUUCUAGUGCAGAGUCGCAGAGGCCUGUACCGCUGGUCGAUACCUACAUUGGAAUCACCCUCGAGCCUGCACAGGCUGCACUCGCCCAAAGUCGAAUCGGGGGAGCGCGAAGUCAUCUCGAGAAGUCUUCCGUCCAGAUGUCAGCAGGGAUUUUUCGCGCCGAUGCUUCUGAUCCCUCGAGUUGGUCUGGGGAUCUGCUGAACUCCAUAACCAAGUUGGCAACGUCUUGCGGGGAGAACGAUACAUCUACAUGGCUACUUGCCCUUGAUACCAUGUACCACUUCCGACCCUCGCGUCUCCCUCUCCUUCAAUAUGCGCGUAGUACCCUGCAGGCCUCGCUAAUGGCCUUUGAUCUUAUUCUCGCGGAUGGAGUAACUCGGCGGGAGCAUUUUAUUCUGCGAAUAGUCUGUUGGCUUACCGGCUCACCUUUGAGUAAUUUCAUUACUCGAGAUGAGUAUUUGUCUAUGUUGGUGGCUGCAGGAUAUGAUCCUUCGCGCAUUGAAAUAAGGGAUGUUUCGAGGCAUGUCUUCACUGGAUUGUCGAGUUUCCUCGGGGGAAGGAUCAAGGAAGCGCAGCCAUAUGGAAUGAAGAUGGGCAAGUUCCGUGCGGCUAAGAUGGUCUUUGGCUGGUGGGCGAGGAGCGGAGUUGUUCGAGGCGUUGUGGUUGUUGCCAGAAGAUGA